ACUUUUGAUUUUAUAAUAUUUUUAUUCUUUUAUUUAUGUUUUUUGAAUCUUUUGAGAUAAAAUGUGUCAAAAUGAUGUUCCAACUACAAAUAAAGGAGAUUUAGAUCUUCAAAUUGAAAAAUUAUUUAAUUGUCAAUUGAUAUCUGAACAAGAAGUAAAAAGUUUAUGUUCAAAAGCUCGUGAAAUAUUAGUACAAGAGAGUAAUGUGCAAAGGGUUGAUGCACCAGUUACAAUAUGUGGAGAUGUUCAUGGUCAAUUUUAUGAUGUUGUCGAUAGGCUUUUUAAAAAAUCUGGAGGAUUAUUACCAAAAACAAAUUAUUUAUUUUUGGGUGAUUUUGUUGAUCGUGGUUUUUAUAGUGUUGAAACCUUUUUGCUUCUUUUAGCACUUAAAGUACGUUAUCCUGAUCGAAUUACAUUAAUUAGAGGAAAUCAUGAAAGUAGACAAAUUACACAAGUCUAUGGUUUCUACGACGAAUGUGUUCGCAAAUACUCGGGUUCAACUGCCGUUUGGCGUUACUGUGUCGAUGUGUUCGACUACCUAUCCCUCUCGGCCUUGGUGGAGGGUGGCGUGUUUUGCGUUCACGGUGGACUUAGUCCCUCUCUAAGCAGUCUCGAUCAAAUUCGUGCUCUGGAUAGGAAACGAGAAGUACCUCAUGAUGGGGCCAUGUGCGACUUACUUUGGUCCGACCCUGAUGAAGCAACACCCGCUGGAUGUUGGGGAGUCAGCCCUCGUGGGGCUGGUUAUCUCUUCGGGCCGCGCGUCGCCGCUGAGUUUAAUGAAACCAAUGGGUUAGUCCUCGUGUGCCGAGCCCAUCAACUUGUGAUGGAAGGUUUUAAAUGGCACUUUCCACCUCUUAUAUCUGUGGCUGGCGAUACUAUAUCGUCCAGCAUUGGUAUCACCAGCAAUGCCGAAAAGUCAACCAUUUCCAAAGAUGAUAAUUAUACAAACGGCAUCGGUGGUACUGUAUUAACUGUUUGGUCCGCACCGAAUUAUUGUUACAGAUGUGGUAAUGUGGCCGCUAUUUUGGAAUUGGACGAAAAUUUAGGAGUUAAUUUUAAAAUUUUCGAAGCGGCACCUAGAGAAAACUCAAAAGGUGCACCCUGCAAAUUACCUCAACCAGAAUAUUUUUUGUAGUUCUAUAAAAAUUUAUAAACGCUGGAUCUAUAUUCUAUGUAAUUUGUGAGUAAAUAUGUAGAUUUAUUGUACAAUUUGUAAAUUUAUAUAAAACAACUCAUUUAUAUCCUCCAAAAAUGUAUUAAUAAAUUUAUUUAAGAUAAAAGC